AUGCAUUGGGAAAGCAUGAAAGCGACGUUGCACCUCGAAGACGGGUCUUCGUUCGUAGGUUCGAUUUAUGGAGCCACGAAGAGUGUCGUCGGAGAAAUUGGUGAGAAAAAAUUCCCGAGAUUUUGGCGGAAAUUUGGAUUUUUUCUAAUUUUCAGUUGGUCUUUUUUUUUACUACUGAAACACCGAGUUUUUUUGCCAGCUGAAAAUGGCGCUUCACUUGAAAAUAAUUUAAGCCCCGCCCAUUAUUUCCAGGCAAAACUAGUCAUCGAAUCGGACUGCGCGAAAACCCUCGAUUUCGUCGAUGUAAAUGCUGAAAAUCUGGUGGACUUUGUUUCUCGAAAAGAGCCAAUUACCUAUGGAACAGGCGAUCAGACGAUUCUCGCUGUCGACUGUGGACUCAAAAAUAAUCAGAUUCGUUGUCUGGCGAAACGUGGAUUCAAAGUCAAAGUGGUCCCAUGGAAUCAUUCGAUCGAUGUGGAGCGAGAUUAUGAUGGUCUCUUCCUGUCAAAUGGUCCAGGAGAUCCAGAAGUUUGCGGAGAGCUCGUUGAUCGGCUUGCCAAAGUGAUCGCUCGAGGGGAUAAGCCAAUUUUUGGAAUCUGCUUGGGACAUCAGGUGUUGAGCAGAGCCAUUGGAGCAAAAACGUAUAAGUUGAAAUACGGUAACCGUGGUCACAACCAACCAUGCACGCACUACGCCACCGGUCGCUGCUACAUCACAUCUCAAAAUCAUGGUUACGCAGUGGACACUGAAUCCCUUCCAACCGAUUGGAAACCUCUCUUCACCAAUGAGAACGACAAGACGAACGAGGGAAUCGUACACGCUUCGAAACCAUUUUUCAGUGUUCAAUUCCAUCCAGAACACACUGCCGGCCCGACGGAUUGCGAGUUUUUGUUCGACGUUUUUGCAAAUGCUGUCAGACAAGCGAAGAAUGGAGUUUUCAUGAACGUCGAUCAGGAGCUGACUCGUCUGAUGACCUUCAAUCCCAUUUACCACGCCAAACAGCAACGGAAAGUGCUCGUUUUGGGAUCCGGAGGUCUAACCAUCGGCCAGGCUGGCGAAUUCGACUAUUCUGGAGCACAAGCACUGAAGGCGUUGAGAGAAGAAGGCAUCCGAACUGUUCUUAUUAAUCCCAACAUCGCUACAGUGCAGACAUCCAAAGGGUUCGCAGAUUUCACAUAUUUCCUUCCAAUUACCAAGGAAUAUGUGACCGAUGUGAUUAAGAAGGAGCGGCCAACAGGAAUUCUCUGUGGAUUCGGUGGACAGACUGCCUUAAACUGUGCCAUCGACUUGUACAAGGAUGGAAUCUUCGAACAGUAUGAUGUGCAGGUUCUGGGAACUCAGAUCACUACGAUUAUGAAGACAGAGGAUCGAGAUUUGUUCAAUCAAGAGAUUUCGGCGGUUGGAGAGAAGGUUGCGCCAAGUAAGGCAGCUACAACAAUGGAGGGAGCUAUCGAGGCGGCUGAAGAACUCGGCUAUCCGGUGCUGGUCCGUGCGGCUUAUGCACUUGGUGGACUUGGAUCUGGAUUCGCUGACAAUCGAGAGGAGUUGAUAGCGAUUGCUCAGCAAGCGUUGGCUCAUUCGAAUCAAGUGCUGGUCGAUAAGAGUUUGAAGGGAUGGAAAGAAGUGGAGUAUGAGGUUGUGCGAGACGCCUAUGACAACUGUAUCACUGUGUGUAAUAUGGAAAAUGUGGACCCGCUUGGUAUUCAUACUGGAGAGAGUGUGGUCGUCGCGCCGUCGCAGACACUGUCGGAUAAGGAGUACAACGCGUUGAGAACGUGUGCGAUCAAAGUGAUUCGGCAUUUGGGAAUCAUUGGAGAGUGCAAUAUUCAAUAUGCAUUGGAUCCGAAUAGUCUUACGACUGAAUCUUGUAUUCCAAAAUUCUCAAAAACCUCUAAAUUUUUCCAGUACUACAUCAUCGAAGUCAACGCUCGUCUCUCCCGAUCGUCAGCUCUUGCCUCCAAAGCCACUGGCUACCCAUUGGCCUACGUUGCAGCAAAACUAGCCCUCGGACAACAUCUUCCAGUGAUCCGCAACAGUGUCACUGGAACCACAACCGCCUGCUUCGAGCCAAGUUUGGACUACUGUGUCGUCAAAAUUCCACGUUGGGAUCUCGGAAAGUUCGCGAGAGUCUCCACUCAAAUCGGAAGUUCAAUGAAGUCGGUCGGAGAGGUUAUGGGAAUUGGAAGAUGUUUCGAGGAGGCACUUCAGAAGGCGUUGCGAAUGGUUUCUGAUCAUGCCGACGGCUUCUCACCGUACACAUUCAGUCGUCCACCAACUGCUGAUGAUUUGGAGAAGCCGACUGAUAAGAGAAUGUUCGCGCUGGCUCGAGGAAUGUAUUACGGAGAUUUUGAUGUGGAAAAAGCGCAUGCGCUGACUGCAAUCGACCGUUGGUUCUUGUUUAGAAUGCAGAAUAUCGUGGAUAUUUAUCAUCGGUUGGAGAAAGAGGAUGUGACGACGGUGACUGGAGAAUUGUUGUUGGAAGCGAAGCAAGCUGGAUUCUCUGAUAGACAGAUUGCUAAAAAGAUUGGAAGCAACGAAUACACAGUCCGCGAGGCGCGUUUCGCCAAAGGAAUCACUCCAUGUGUGAAACAAAUCGACACCGUCGCCGGAGAAUGGCCAGCACAGACCAAUUAUCUCUAUACGACAUUCAACGGAGUCGAAAACGAUGUUCGUUUCAAUAUGAAGAACGCUGUGAUGGUUCUGGGAUCAGGAGUUUAUCGAAUCGGAUCGUCAGUGGAGUUUGACUCAUCGUGUGUGGGAUGUAUUCGUGAAUUGAAGGCCCUCGGCUAUUCGACAAUCACUGUGAACUGCAAUCCAGAGACCGUCUCCACUGAUUAUGACAUCUGCGAUCGUCUUUAUUUCGAAGAGAUCUCAUUCGAAACUGUCCUCGACGUCUACCAUCUCGAACAACCAAAAGGAGUGAUCUUGGCGUUCGGAGGUCAAGCACCAAACAAUAUCGCGAUGAGUUUGAGUCGUGCACAAGUGAAAAUCUUUGGAACAUCUCCAAAUGAUAUCGAUAAUGCUGAGGAUCGAUUCAAGUUCUCUAGAAAAUUGGAAUCGUUGAAGAUUAGUCAACCACUGUGGAAGAAGAGUGAAAACAUGGAAGAUGCGAAGAAUUUCGCGGCACAGGUCGGCUAUCCUUGCCUCAUUCGUCCAUCAUAUGUGCUCUCGGGUGCCGCAAUGAACGUAGCUCACAAUGCCGAAGAUCUCGAAGUGUUCCUGAAACAAGCGGCCGUGGUAGCCAAGGAACAUCCAGUUGUGGUCAGCAAAUUCAUCAACGAAGCCAAAGAGCUGGACGUGGAUGCUGUGGCGAUGAAUGGGAAACUGGUUGUGAUGGCCAUCAGUGAGCACAUUGAGAAUGCUGGUGUUCAUUCGGGCGACGCCACGUUGGUCACCCCCGCACAGGAUAUGAAUAAGCUCACUUUGGAUCGAAUCAAAGACAUCACAUAUCGAAUUGCCGAGGCUUUCAAUGUCAACGGACCAUUCAAUAUGCAGCUGAUCGCCAAGAACAACGAGCUGAAAGUGAUCGAAUGCAACUUGAGAGUGUCCAGAUCAUUCCCAUUCGUCUCCAAAACUCUUGACUAUGAUUUCGUGGCACUCGCUACGCGUGCAAUGAUGGCUGAAGACUCUCCAGCAAUCCGAGCCACUAUCAAACCAACAGCGACGUUGCUCAAAGGAAAGGGAAGAGUUGGAGUCAAAGUACCACAAUUCUCGUUCUCACGACUCGCUGGAGCCGAUGUGAUGCUUGGUGUUGAGAUGGCGUCGACUGGAGAGGUGGCGUGCUUUGGAACGUCGAGAUGUGACGCGUAUCUGAAGUCUCUGCUUUCCACUGGAUUCGUCGUGCCGAAGCGAAACAUUUUCAUCUCGAUCGGAGGCUAUCAUGCGAAGGCGGAAAUGUUGAAGUCGGUGGAGACGUUGCAAAAGUUGGGAUUCGAUUUGUAUGGAUCUAAGGGUACGGCUCUCGCUAUGGUUGGACGUCGUCCAACGAUGAAUUCUUUGGUGGAUUGUGUCACUUCGAAGAGUCUCAAGCGUCUUCCAGGAAUGGUAGACAUCCAUGUGCAUGUCAGAGAGCCAGGAGCCACGCAUAAAGAAGAUUGGACAUCUUGCACCAAGGCCGCCCUCGCCGGAGGAAUCACCACGAUUCUCGCCAUGCCCAACACGAAUCCUCCACUGGUGGAUUCUGAUUCUUAUCAUCUCACUGAGCAAUUGGCAUCUGCAAAGUCUGUCGUGGACUACGCUCUCUACAUCGGUGCCACCCCGGAAAACUCAAAGUUUGCCGCGGAGUUCUCUGAUAAGGCUGCUGCUCUGAAAAUGUAUCUGAACGAGACGUUUAGCACUCUGAAAAUGGACAACAUCUCCGAUUGGACCGCCCACUUCCAAGCGUUCCCUGCCAAUCGACCAAUCGUUUGUCAUGCUGAACGUCAAACGCUUGCAGCUGUCCUCUGCAUUGCUCAGAUGGCAAAUCGAGCGGUUCAUAUCGCCCACGUGGCUACUGCAGACGAGAUUGGCCUGAUCAAAGAGGCGAAACUCAAAGGAUGGAAGGUGACUUGUGAAGUGUGUCCUCAUCACCUGCUCCUGACCGAUGAAUCGCUUCCCGAAGGCGUUCGAGAGGUACGUCCACGUCUUGUGAAGCCAGAAGAUCGUCAGGCACUCUGGGACAACUUGGAAUACAUCGAUUGUUUCGCCACCGAUCACGCGCCACACACUUGGGAUGAGAAGUCGGGAAAAUCGGGAAAAGUGCCACCUGGAUUCCCAGGCGUCGAAUAUAUGCUUCCGCUUCUUCUCACAGCCGUCCACGAGGGAAAACUGACUUUGAAGGAUGUCACCGAUCGGCUAUCAGUGAAUCCACGACGAAUUUUCAAUCUGCCCGCUCAGGAUGACACUUAUAUCGAAGUAGAUAUGGGUGAGGAAUGGACGAUUCCGGAGAAUGGAGGACAGAGUAAAGCUGGAUGGACACCGUUCGCUGGAAGAAGGGUUUAUGGAAAAGUACACAAUGUUGUGAUCAGAGGAGAAGAAGCAUUCGUUGAUGGAAGGAUCGUAGCCACGCCAGGCUUUGGAAAGAACCUCCGUCUCUAUCCACACUCCACAAGCUCCGCCCAUCUUGAUCAUGACGAUGAGUUGGCACCAACACUGGAACCAGUCUCUGAGAAUUCAUCCGAUGAACAGAGUCCACUUCACACCCCACCACGUGCUCACUCGCCAAUCGCAUUCCCUGGAGAACUUUUGGCCAAAAACUGUAUCAGUGUCAAGAAUUUGGAUAAGGGACAAAUCAAUCGAAUCUUCGAACUCGCUGAUCGAUACAAGCAUGACGUUGAGAAGAGCCAUCCAUUGACCCAUAUUCUUCAAGGAAAAGUCCUAGUGACGCUGUUCUAUGAGGUCUCGACACGAACGUCGUGCUCGUUCCAAGCAGCCAUGCAACGUCUUGGAGGAUCUGUGAUCGCUGUCGACUCGCAAACAUCGUCAGUUCAGAAGGGAGAAACUCUUGAAGACACUGUUCAGGUUCUCGGCAGCUAUGGAGACAUUAUUGUGCUCCGAUCGAAGGAGAAUGGAGCAGCCGAGCGUGCCGCGCGUGUUUGUGAGCAGCCAGUGAUCAAUGGGGGUGAUGGAACUGGAGAGCAUCCGACUCAAGCGCUCCUCGACGUCUACACCAUUCGUCAGGAGAUGGGAACUGUUAACGGGCUGACGAUUGCGUUGGUUGGAGAUUUGAAGAAUGGACGGACGGUUCAUUCGUUGGCCAAGCUCUUGUGCUUGUACAAGAAGUCUAAAAACGGUCAAAAUGACCGAAAUGAACUGAAAAACACAUUUUUGGUACUGUACAUAAGAAUAGACAUCACUCUGCACUACAUUGCUCCAACGGACGAUCUUCAGAUGCCACAGGAUGUUCUGGACUACGUCUCCUCUCACUCCAACUUCACCCAGAAGAAGUUCUCCACGCUUGCGGAAGGAAUCUCCCACGUUGACGUCGUCUACGUGACACGUAUUCAGAAGGAGCGAUUCCCGAGUGCCGAGGAUUAUGAGAAGGUCAAGGGAAGCUACAUUAUCAACGCGAAGCUGCUCAACGAGGCGGCCCGUGAUAUGGAUGAAGAGCUGCAGGGAAAUCUUCUGGUUCCUGCUAGAUCUCUCCCGAUUGUCAUGCAUCCACUGCCACGUGUCGAUGAGAUUGCGGUGGAGUUAGAUCACGACGAACGUGCCGCCUAUUUCAGACAAGCCAAAAAUGGAAUGUUCGUCCGAAUGUCGAUUCUGUCGCUGCUUCUUGGAAGAGGACAUCUUUAA